UCUCUGUCCGACUGCACAUGUCUGUGUGUCAGACUGUACCUCUCUCUCUCUCUCUCUUUCUUUCUCUUUCAUCAAAUCCCAGUUUCUAACCCCUUUUAUUCUCUGCUGGUAGCGCUGCUAUUUUUGAAGAUGUCUAAGGGGGAGCAGACUGUUUGCGGUGUUGAGUAUUUCCAGGAACGAGGGCCAACUGUCACAUUCAGCAACUUGCAGUACUGUGUUCAUGAGACGAGGUUGGGCUGCGAGAGUGGUCCUGAAAAAUACAUCCUCAACGAUGUAAGUGGCAUCAUGAGGCCUGGGAUGAAUGCCAUCAUGGGCGCCACAGGAAGUGGUAAAACAUCACUCCUGGAUGUAAUCGCAGGGAGAAAAGACCCUGCUGGACUGAAGCAAGGAAAAAUCAUGGUGGAUGGCAAAGCCGCCUCGUCUGACCUCAGGCUCAGCUCUGCUUAUGUGGUCCAGGAUGAUAUCAUAAUGGGCACUCUGUCUGUGAGGGAGAACCUUCUGUUCAGUGCCAACCUGCGUCUCAACCCUCAGCAUCACUCCUCCACGGAUAAAAACAACAGAGUGGAUGCCAUCAUACAAGACCUUGGCUUAACAGACUGUGCAGGCACCAAGAUAGGGACAGAGUUUCUGCGUGGCGUAUCUGGAGGUGAAAGGAAGAGGUGCAGCAUCGGGAUGGAGCUCAUCACCUCUCCCUCUUUGCUGUUUCUGGAUGAACCGACCACCGGACUGGAUUCUAACACUGCAAACUGUAUCAUCAACCUACUAAACAGGCUGGCCAGAAGUGGUAAGACUGUGAUCUUCUCCAUCCACCAGCCGCGCUACUCCAUCUUCAGACAGUUUGACCAUCUGACUCUGAUGCAUAAAGGGGAGGUGGUGUACACAGGCGCAGCAGCCCAGGCACUGGAAUACUUCACAAACCUCGGCUACCAAAUUGAGGCCUUCAACAACCCUGCUGAUUUCUUCAUGGACAUCACAAAUGGAGAGGCAAAAUCAACAUUAGUGUCACUUACUGCAGAGUGUAAAAAUCCAUUGGCAAACAAGUACCGCCAGUCCCAGCUGUGCCGGAAUGUGCUCGAUCAGUUGGAGCAUGUGAACCAGAGCAACGCUGACGGGGCCAAAGGUCAAGACAAGGCAGCUGACUACGCUACCUCUUUCCUCUACCAGUUGCGGGUGGUGUGUGGUAGGACAGUUCUGAACUCUCUGAGGAACCCUCAGACCUCGUAUGCCCAGUUGGCUCUCAACAUCUUCUUUGCUAUUCUGGUGGGACUCAUUUAUUACCAAAUGCCCUUGACGCUGCCCGAGGCUUUACAGAACAGGAGUGGAGCGUUCUUCUUCCUUAUCAUCAACAUGGUGUUUGGGAAUCUCUCUGCUGUUGAACUCUUUAUCAAUGAAAGAGCGAUAUUCAUUCACGAGAACUCCAGUGGCUAUUACCGCACGUCUGUCUACUUCCUGUCCAAGAUCUUUGCUGAUCUCAUCCCCAACCGCAUCAUCCCCAUCUUUAUAUUUUCAGCCAUCGCCUACUAUAUGAUGGGAUUGAAGCCUGCCUUUGAGGCCUUCAUGUGUUUCGCCCUGACCAUGUGUCUGGUCAGUCUGGCAGGAGUCGGUCUGGCCUUCCUCGUCUCAGCAAGUGUCUCUUCAUUUGCCAUGGCUAACAUCCUCAUUGCUCUGCCCUUCGUCUUCAUGAUGGUUUUUGGUGGUUUUCUUGUCAACCUCAAUUCCAUGUUGAGCUGGCUCUCCUGGGUGCAAUGGUUCAGUAUCUUCAGAUAUGGACUGAAUGCUGCAUUCAUCAACGAGAUGUCAGGACAGUUGUUCUACAGCAACACCACCAUUAUCCCAGGGGAGGCGUUUCUGAAAAGCCAAGACAUUGACUACUCUGUGUGGGGCUUCUGGCAGAACCAGGUGGCUCUGCUGGGAAUCAUAUUGGUCUCCAUGAUCCUGGCCUACGUACAGCUGCGACGAAUAAACCGCUGGAAAUGAUUUCCAUCCGUUUAUGUAUCCAUCAAUCAUGCACUGUCUCUUUAUAUACACAUAAACAAACACACGUAUUGUAACAUUUGACUCCCAGGUGGAUAAGCCGCUGCUAAGCACACCCGGUCUGUGCACGAGGGAAUGUACAGCAACAGCCAAGCCAACAUCUAAGUCCUGACAAAGCUUCUUACGGGCAGUGAGACAACGUGAGCCACAGUAAAGAAAAAAUGUGCAGAUUCUAGAUUUCAUUGGGAACCUUUGUUUUAAAAUAAUCACAAUUCUCAGUUCUCCAGGUUAAAAAGUAUAGUUAAUGCAUAAAGCUCUUUUUUAUUAGUGCCUUACAGAAACAGUGAAGGAAUUGUCUUUUUUUUUUUUUAAAUAUUGUUUUUGUUACAAACAAACUUAAAAAUAUACUGAUAACUUAACAUAAAACAGAUCACAGGGCUUAGAAAAAGAUUCACAGAUGAUAGAAAAGCUUUCAAAAACAAACCCUCAAUUUCCCGAUAGCUUUAAGGUUGGAAAUUCAUCAUGUUCCACUCUUUAUGACUAUAUAUAUAUAUUCUGUAUCAUGUUGUAUUCAUUGGAGCUAUUUGAUGUUUACACUGAGUAAAAUAUUCAAACCAAAGACUCCAUAUUUUU